AUGGUGGUGAUGAGCUGGAAGAAUUGUGGGAAGAUAAUGUGGAUUACUGAACAAUUGAGAGAGCUUAUUAUACAGAGUAACAGAAAAUUGCAGCGGCUUCCAAGCUCAAUUGGACGUCUUCACUAUUUGAAAAAGCUUUUAUUUAACUUUGACGGUAGCAGUUUGCCAGAACAGUUCUGUGGUCUCCAAUCGCUGGAGUAUUUGUCGUUUUUUGCUCCAAAUCUAUCUUCACUGCCUGAUGGUUUUGGCAAUUUAAAAAGCUUGAAGUCUAUAUGUCUACAAAAUUGCAGGCAGUUGAGCGAGUUGCCAGGUUCUUUCACGCAGUUGAUACACCUGGAAAUGCUACAAAUAUCAGGUAGUGAAAUUCUGUCCUCACUACCUGAUGGUUUUGGCAAUUUAAAAAGCUUGAAGUCUAUACAUAUAGAUACUUGCAAGCAGUUGAGCACGUUGCCAGAUUCUUUCAAGCAGCUGAUACACCUGGAAAAUCUAAAUUUAUGGGGUUGUGAAAUUCUGUCCUCACUACCUGAUGGUUUUGGCAAUUUAAAAUGCUUGAAGUCUAUAAAUCUACAUUAUUGCAAGCAGUUGAGCGAGUUGCCAGGUUCUUUCACGCAGUUGAUACACCUGGAAAAGCUAGAAAUAUCAGGUUGUGGAAUUCUGUCCUCACUACCUGAUGGUUUUGGCAAUUUAAAACGCUUGAAGUCUAUAAAUCUACAUUAUUGCAAGCAGUUGAGCACGUUGCCAGAUUCUUUCAAGCAGCUGAUACACCUGGAAAAUCUAAAUUUAUGGGGUUGUGAAAUUCUGUCCUCACUACCUGAUGGUUUUGGCAAUUUAAAACGCUUGAAGUCUAUAAAUCUACAUUAUUGCAAGCAGUUGAGCGAGUUGCCAGGUUCUUUCACGCAGUUGAUACACCUGGAAAAGCUAGAAAUAUCAGGUUGUGGAAUUCUGUCCUCACUACCUGAUAGUUUUGGCAAUUUAAAACGCUUGAAGUCUAUAAAUCUACAUUAUUGCAAGCAGUUGAGCACGUUGCCAGAUUCUUUCAAGCAGCUGAUACACCUGGAAAAUCUAAAUUUAUGGGGUUGUGAAAUUCUGUCCUCACUACCUGAUGGUUUUGGCAAUUUAAAACGCUUGAAGUCUAUAAAUCUACAUUAUUGCAAGCAGUUGAGCGAGUUGCCAGGUUCUUUCACGCAGUUGAUACACCUGGAAAAGCUAGAAAUAUCAGGUUGUGGAAUUCUGUCCUCACUACCUGAUGGUUUUGGCAAUUUAAAACGCUUGAAGUCUAUAUAUCUACGAAAUUGCAAGCAGUUGAGCGAGUUGCCAGGUUCUUUCACGCAGUUGAUACACCUGGAAAAGCUAGAAAUAUCAGGUUGUGAAAUUCUGUCCUCACUACCUGAUGGUUUUGGCAAUUUAAAACGCUUGAAGUCUAUAAAUCUACAUUAUUGCAAGCAGUUGAGCGAGUUGCCAGGUUCUUUCACGCAGUUGAUACACCUGGAAAAGCUAGAAAUAUCAGGUUGUGAAAUUCUGUCCUCACUACCUGAUGGUUUUGGCAAUUUAAAAAGCUUGAAGUCUAUACAUAUAAAUACUUGCAAGCAGUUGAGCACGUUGCCAGAUUCUUUUAAGCAGCUGAUACACCUGGAAAAUCUAAAUUUAUCGGGUUGUGCCAAGCUUAAACUGAAAUUAGAUGCACUUGAAAACAUCAAGAAGCUCGCGUUCUUGGGACUCAGUGGUUGCGAGGAAAUAGAAGAUCUGCCUCAUCAAAUAGUGAACCAGAUACAAGAACUCCCAAGCUUUGCUGAUUUGGCUUCGCUGAGAAGAUUUGAAAUGGCGAAUUGCCCCAAAGUUGAAAAAAUAGAAGGUUUGCAACACUCCAAGUCAUUGAAGAAACUGCGGCUUCGAAAUACCUGUUGGAAGGUGCCCGGUAUACAAAGUUUGGAGAGAGUGGAACGAUUGGAAGAACUAGUGCUCGAAUGUGACACCAUAUCAGCUGAAUGCCCAAGGUAUCUGGAGAUACAAGGUAGCGUGAGCCGUGUGGCGGAGCCAGCUGUAAAUUCUUUGGCGUUUCCUGAUCUUGUGGUCAACGAGGUGGAUGAGACGUUCGAACAUUCGUAUAAGGGUGAUUAUUUGUUUUAUUUGGAGGGAAAGGAGAAGAAUGAGGAGGAGAGGAAAGUGAUGGCAGAGACAGAGACACUGCAGAGACCAAUGCAAGAGAGCUGUAAAACAGGGACGUCGAAACAGUGCAAGCAGUUGGCAUUUGGGGCUGAGGCCAUACGACGUGGAGGUGCGUCAGUAGACAAAAGGCUAUGGAGGCUUUCAUUUUGGGCAUGCAGGCCAGAGCAACUGUUUUUGCACAGUUGGGAGAUGGCCAAAGAACACAUUGCUAAGCAGGUGGAAGAUGAUAAUGAAAGAAUAGUGUUAAACAUAUGA